GAUCAAUUGUCUUGAUGUCCACUCUCUUUCUCUACAAGGUUAACUGAGUUAAACUGUAUGUACAAACCAUAGGUACAGAUAUAUUAUACAUACACUGAUACACACUGUGUUACAGAGAGAGAGAGAGAGAAAGAAUGGCUCUAAGAAUCCCAAUACAUCAUAUGACCAUGAAGAAGCUCAAUUCUCAUUCAAAUGGUCACACCCCAUUAUCUUGGAGGUGCAAUUUGGCAACUGAUGCCCUUCUUUCUCCUCAAUCUUCCAUUUUUCUACCCAGUUGCUCUCCCUCAGGGCAGGUUAAACCGCUGUUAGUUACAUGUGCUUCCGGGGCAGCACCUUCAGCAGCCAAUCUGGCUCCAGGGACACCCGUGAGGCCCACUAGCAUAUUGGUGGUGGGUGCCACUGGAACUCUUGGCAGACAGGUAGUACGAAGGGCGCUAGAUGAGGGAUAUGACGUUCGGUGCUUAGUGAGGCCUAGACCUAUUCCUGCUGAUUUCCUUCGUGACUGGGGCGCCAUUGUUGUCAAUGGAGAUCUGAGCAAGCCCGAAACAAUACCUGCAACUUUGGUGGGUGUGCAUACGAUCAUUGAUUGUGCCACUGGGCGACCGGAAGAACCAAUAAAAACUGUAGAUUGGGAAGGAAAAGUUGCUUUAAUACAAUGUGCAAAAGCCAUGGGAAUCCAAAAAUAUGUAUUUUUUUCCAUCCAUAAUUGUGACAAACACCCUGAAGUUCCUUUAAUGGAGAUCAAGUACUGCACAGAGAAAUUUCUGCAGGAUUCAGGCAUAAAUCACACAAUAAUCCGGCUAUGUGGAUUUAUGCAGGGGUUGAUUGGGCAAUAUGCAGUUCCUAUACUAGAAGAAAAAUCUGUCUGGGGGACAGAUGCUCCAACACGGAUAGCUUACAUGGACACCCAAGAUAUAGCUCGAUUGACAUUAAUAGCUUUAAGGAAUGAAAAGGUUAACGGAAAGCUUCUCACUUUUGCUGGGCCUCGUGCAUGGACAACUCAAGAGGUGAUAGCAUUGUGUGAGAGGCUUGGAGGGCAAGAUGCAAACGUGACUACUGUUCCUGUCUCAGUUUUGAAACUAACCCGCCAGCUGACUCGGCUAUUUGAGUGGACUAGUGAUGUUGCUGAUAGAUUAGCAUUUUCAGAGGUUCUUUCAAGUGAUACUGUAUUCUCAGUUCCAAUGACCGAAACAUAUAGUCUUCUUGGCGUGGAUUCAAAAGAUAUUGCUUCUCUGGAGAAAUAUCUGCAGGAUUACUUCACAAACAUAUUGAAGAAACUGAAAAACAUCAAAGCUCAAUCAAAGCAAAGCGACUUCUACAUAUAGAAUACUACACUUUCCUUGCAUUGUACAUCAGGCUGUAUAUGUAUUAAAUAUGACUUGUACCAUGCAACAAUGAAGCAAAGGUAUGAAUGUCGUGCAUUUGAAAUUUUUCGCAAUAUUUUUGUUUAUAGCAUCUUCAGUCCUACAUAAGAAGAGAUUAUAAAGAGAGAAUGUUCAAAGUA